GUCAAUGAUGGACCAAUGGCAAUAUAUCAAAGGCGGGACUAAUAGCGGAACCUCACCGGGAGGCUAUUAAACUUAAAAAUUACUCGAAACUACAAAACCUCCUAGUUGUUGGACAAGACAUUAAGUUCGCAGUCAGAAAUGAGCAGAGUUGCUGGAUGAAGAGUUGGAAGUGGAAAGAGGGGCAACGAGCCCAAAGAGGACAGCGAAGUCACAGUCGAGACAGGACACCGUACCAAGGAAGACAUUGGAGACCCUCACGGGACGACAGGAAUUGGUAUGAUGAUGCAGGACCUUCGUCCAGAGUAUCUGACAGCCAAGCUAGUACUUCUUCCUCCUCAGACAGCAGUGGGGCCCCAGAACUUCCAGGUUUCUACUUUGACCCAGAGAAGAACCGAUACUUCCGCUUGUUGCCGGGGCACAACAACUGCAACCCUCUGACCCGAGAGAAGCUGCGGGAUAAGGAACGUGAAAAAGAGAGAAUGAGGAUGCUCGUGGAGGAUGCAAAGCCGACAAAAAAAGCACCGAGGGCAGGACUCAAUGCAUCCUUGCUCCUUCAGAAUCGACAUUUUGGAUUGCUACCUGAGAUGUCCUACUGCAGGCGGGUCCACGAGGGAAAGAUAAGCUCCAUGAGACGCCACAAGCUGGACCACCGGAGUACGGACGACUUCAGAACCAUUGUGGCCGACUCCAAGUGCGAGCAAGUGUUCACCGUCAACGAGAUGUCUCACGGGGGCUGCAAGUAUGGCUACAUGAGCUUCAAUCGAAAUGACUCCAGUGGGUCUCUGUCUGUGGAAAUGUGUGACAACCCUUUCAUCACUGACCGCAAGGUGAAUUCCCUUUGCUGGGCCACAGUCAACUAUCCGGACUCUCAUGUGUUACUGUGCCUGUUGGGGAUUGCGGACAAACCUGGCUUCGUCACUUUGCUUCCCGCUUCAAUCUUCAGCAACACCAGUCCAAAUCACCCAGGCUUGCGUUGCAGUUUUAAGAUCUCUACAGCCUGGUGCUGUGCUUGGUGUCGACACCCACGGUUUGACAAGUUGUUUAGUGCAGGUUUAUCUCAGAAGGUGAUCCUGCAACAAGCCAUUACAGGGAAAAAACUAACAAUCGAUGUCGGCAGCGACGUCCUGGCGCAGCAGUUUUGUGUUGAUAUCCCCUUGCUGUUCAAUGGCUCCCGGUCUGGGGAGAUUUUCAGCCUUGACGCACGGGAGCCGAGCAACCGCAAGGCAAUGGUCUUCUGGCAAGAAUCUGCAGUCACUUCACUGCGAAUACUGAAAGACGAGAACUACCUGGUGGCUGCAGACAUGUCGGGCCAGAUCAAGCUGUGGGACAUAAGAGUCAUGAAGCAAGUGCAGGAGUACAAGGGCCACUACAACGAGUACGCCUACCUCCCCAUCCAUGUUAGCGAACCCGAGGGACUUCUCUUGGCUGUGGGUCAGGACUGCUACACAAGGAUCUGGAGCCUGCGGGACAGUCACCUCCUAAGGACUAUCCCGUCACCUCACCCGGCUGCCAAUGACGCCAUCCCCAGCAUAGUGUUCUCCUCCAGUGUCGGUGGCCGCACGGGGGCCCCUGGCCUGCUGAUGGCCGUCAGGAAAAACCUCUACUACUUCCCCUACAACGUGGAUGACAGGGAGCUUCAGGAAGUCUGAUUGAAAGAGACACUUUAGCUACACCAGCACAACAAAGUUUCGUUCUACACAUAAAGAUGCAGCCAUGUUGAACUGCACUUCGUUACGGUGAGAGCUACUUCUAAUAUUUUCAUUAGAUCAUUGGAAAAAUAAUGGAAAACGUUUACAAGUUUAAUUGAUGAGCAGUUCAAAAGCAAGAAAACAUGCAGGAAAAAAAAGACAGCACAAGUUUGCAGUUUGUUCCUUGAGCGGGGUGCCCUUGUUUUAGUGUUUUAUUUGUUUUUAACUGUUAUAUACAGCACUUGUUUUCAGAUUGAGAUCGCUCACCAAACGAGUUGAUUUAAAGACACUUCUUCUGAUAUCAUUAAACCGCACUGAAAAGAAAAAAAAAUGUCCUGAAAAUAAAUCGUUGCAACAUCAAAAAUACCAUUCUCACAUGCAGAUGUAUUCUUGGCAGAUAUACUAAGGAUAUGUUUCAAAACCACCUGAAAAAAGUACUCGUGAGGCAUGUCAGAAACGUUACAGGACCGGUGUCACAAAACGAUAUACAGUAUUUCAAAUCCGAACUACUGCUUUCCCCUUAUCUUCUCUGCCGUU